GAUCCUGGCAGCUCCACAUGUGGCACAUCAUUGGUGGCGAAAAAGAUGGCCUUCUCGUUCGGCAAGGCGCGAGCUUGGAGUCAGAGGUGCAAGGCAGGCUGGCGCAGCAUUCCUUGGUGCAGCACUUGGAUCUGCAGGGCCAGCGCUUGCGCUACAGGCUCGUAAGUGGAAGCGGCCCUGCAGAGGGCUGGAUCAGCACCAAGCUGGGACAUAAAGUCUUGGCGCUGCAGGGCAGCCAGCCGGAGUGCCAGGAGGGCCAGAAGGGCCAGGGCCAGGUGAUGCCUGCAGAGUUCGUUGAAAUUUUGGAGAAGGGCACCAAACAUCUACCGGCCUUCGCCUGUGAGGAGGAGGAUCUGCAGAUGUUUCAUGCCAUCCGUCAAGAACUUGGUCAAGGCCAACGGCCCUUCAGCGGCAACUGGCGCCCUGCGGAGGACGGUCAGUGGAAAACUCCUUGGAGGAAUGGCUUGGGCAGCGAGCAAGUGGAAGCUGCAGACGGGCGCAAGCUGCCUUACCUGGCAAAAACCUUGCAGAAGCUUUCAGAUGUGGUGAAUGCCGAGAUGCAGCAGUGGUGGGCCAACGUCUAUGAGGACAGCUCGGUGGGCUGCGAGUUUCACCACGACGGCCAUGCGGAGAUGAACAUCGCGGUGGGCGCCUCCUUCGGGGCUGCCAGGUACCUCACCUUCCAGCACGAAUCUGGCUCCGAGCGGUCCUUCCUGCAGCGCAACGGCGACAUCUUUGCCUUUGACCACUCGGUGGAUUCAAACUUCAUGCACGGCGUCUACCCCAUGAAGGAGGCCCUGGGUCCCCUGGGUCCUCGCAUCUCAGUGAUCAUCAUGGGCCGUUUACGCUCGGGCCGCGGCAUUCAUUCCAGCUUCCUUCAGGAUCAGCAGGAAAACCGCCAGAAGUUCGGCAGAAACUGCGUGCAGCAGAUGGAGCGGCUGCAAAAGUCCAUCGACUCGCAGGUGGCUGGUUUGGUAGAGGAGAUGCGAGACCUGACAUGCGAUCAGGAGAUUGUGGAGGUCUUGGAGCAGUGUCGGUCGGAGCUGCUGAAGCGCAAAGAGUCCAUCGAGCGAAGGGUGCGCGAGCUGCUGGAGGACUUGGACGCGCCCAACAUAAGGGGCUUCGCGAAGCUGCAAAUGAAGGGGAUUGGCCUCAUGAAGCAACAGCAGGCCUUGUUAAAAGAGCUGAAGGAGUUGGCCUCCAAAGAGGAGAAGUUGCUUCUCCGACAACGGCGACCACUGCCUGAUGGAUGAAUGCCCUUGGAUCAAGAACGAGCUCCACGAUUACCCAUCUUAACAGCAAGUUGCAGGAAGGCAGUGGCUUGGUGAAGAUCAUGGCUUGGAUACAUUGGCCUGCGCCUCAUGAAGAUCAGAGCUGCAGCACCAAGGAGCUUGGCGCGUUCAGACUUGAUGGGCCGCAAGCGCUGUGGCGCUCGGCUGGGCUGAUUUGCUGACGCUGGGCUCGACAAGGCGACAAGCCAUGCAUCAGAGGCACGCCAUCGCCGACAAGGCCUUCUUGCAAGUGGUGGAUGGCUGCCACGCAUGCGGAGGAAAAAAG